AUUGGCCAUGGAGUGGAAGAGCAACUUGAGGCGUGUCCAGUCACUGAGAAGCGUCCCCUCGUCAUGUGACCAGCCCACCUGGACAGAGGCAGGGCAGCGGGACAAGACAACAUCCGUGUCCCGACUAGUUACCAGGUAUCAAACUACAGUGGAGGUGAAUACAUCUAUUCAAGAAAUGUCUGGAAAUAACAGUGAAGCAAAGCAAAAUCGGGUCUUAAAAGAGAUAACUCCAUCUCUACUGGAGAGUAAAGAGACUCAUCUGGAAGAUCUGUUGUGGAGAAACAACGAGAGGGAACUGUCUAGAGCAAAGACCAAUUUGACCCGCAGUAAGUCAAUGGGGAACCUCCAAAACAGCGCUGGGUCCAUCGAGUCACUGAAGGCUCUGUUUGAGGCAAAUGGAGCCACACAAACGAAGGCGAGGCACAGUUUCAGAGAUGUACGUUUCCCGUCAACGUACAAGGCAGCAGACAUCAAGCCGGAGAUGAAUGGAGAGUUCAAAGAGGUAAAGAAGCCUGCAGAGAAACCGAAGACCCAGAUUCCUUCAGAUGCUCUAGUUAAUGAUGUGAAAGAUGACCACGUGACUCGAAAGGUGGUGAAUCAGACCCAGAUAGUGAGGAGAAAAACAAUAGGGGGUAUUGAUUUUGAAAAACUUGCAGCCUCUCAAGCUGGUGAGUACCAGAAAGCAUUCAUCAGAGUGUGCUCUGUGAUGAACUGCCAACCUUGA